UUUCUUAGAGCCUAAGUUUCUCCAACUAUUUAUCUAAUGUCUUACUUACUUUUUAGAUGAAUCAAUUUGGAGAUCAUAAUGAUCAAGUUUCCAUGACAAUAGAUAAUGAAAAAAUGUUACUCUCUUUCGAUUCCGAAGUCGAGCCUCCUAGUUCAACAUAUCAUAAUUCCUUCAGGUCGUUCAAGAAAAAUGGGAUGAUCGAAUUAGAGGAACGUAACAAAGAACAUGAUUUAAUCAAGGCAGGUUUUCUUAGUGGAAUGGGGCAAUUAGGAAAGGAAGUUGAAAUUGUGGCUAUACAUAAGAAUUCAUGUUCAACUAUAUUAGGGCAAGCGAGGUUAGAAAGUUUUCGUAUUUAUUCCGAAGCAAUGCGGAAGAAAUGUGGUGGAAAUGCUAAUAUUAAAUAUGCUUGGUUUGGUUCUUCCAAAGAUGAAAUUUGUAACAUAAUUUCACAUGGAUUUUCUACAAUUACUGAACCAAAAUCAGGAGAAUGUUUUGGUAUUGGUGUUCAUCUUUAUCCUGCAAAUAUCCAUGGGGUAUUAUCGGCAUUGGAAGAUGAGAAUGGAUUAAGGCAUAUGUUACUUUGUAGAGUAAUAUUAGGAAAUACAGAAAUAAUUGAGGCUUCAUCCAAACAAUUUCAGCCAACUUGUCAAGAUUUUGACUCUGGGGUUGACAAUUAUUUGGCUCCUAAAACAUACAUUAUUUGGCCUUCUUAUAUGAAUUCUCAUAUUUUACCAAAUUUUCUAGUAAGUUUUAGGUCUACUCCAAGUUACUUAUUAGGUGCUUCUACGAAAAUCAAGAAAGUUCCUCCAAAACCGAAUUCUCGUAUAAAGUUUCAUGAUUUAUUGCGUGUGCUUUCCAAAUAUUUACAUCCAUCGAGAAUGGUUUUGAUCUCAAAAUACUAUGAAGAUUUUCAGAAAAAUAAGAUCACAAAAUUAGUACUCGUUCGAAAAUUGAGGCAAAUAGCUGGAGAUACUUUUAAGAGCUGUCAUGAAAUUGUAUCCAAAUACUACUAUUUAAGUUGUGAACCAGAGAAAAGAGCUUGUAAAUUCCGUGAGAACGAAGGUGAUAAAGUUGCUAGCGAUAUGAUGAGACGGAGUUUAUCAAAGUGUGAAAAGAAAAUUUUCCCUUGUUUUUCGACUACAACAAGUUUUUCAUUUAUGAAGUUGUAUAGUAUUUAAGCGAUGUACCAAUUGUAUUAAACGAAUAAUAUUAAUUACAUAUUGAAUUGUGAUGUUACUUAUUUGAGAA